AAAAAGAUGUGGCAGCGGUGGGAUUCGAACCCACGCCAUCGAAAUGACUGGUGCCUUAAACCAGCGCCUUAGACCGCUCGGCCACGCUACCUUCAUAUCCUGACGUAUGAUAGCAUGAUAUAUAAUACACGUAACAUCACAACGACAGGAGUGCUCGUAACAUUGCUACUACUGUGCAUGCAUCACUGUGCAUUGCUGUGCUCAAAGCUGAAGCCAGGCUGCGAUUACGGCAGUCUAAUAAUUUGCAUGCGCAAUAUUACACUACAGUCCCAUGUAUGCGUAUCGCCGUAUGUAGCUGAAUUAUCUAAUUCUUCCUAUUCCUGACAACUGUCAAAUGUCGAGUAUGAUGAUGAGACGUGCUUUUUGCCUUUUUGUACAUCGGAGGAAUCUCUGCGUGACACCAAAUCGUCUGAAUGCUGGACAUUUCCAGAGCAAUUACAGUUUGAACAAACUGUAUCCACACAGCGAGCAAGAUUUUACAAUUUCAACGAGCAAAGCACAUGAGACCACAGAUCAGAAUUCUGGGUUAAAGUUCAGUGGACAAAUUCCAGUUGAUAAGUUGAUGGUGAAGUACAGCAGAAGUGGUGGAGCAGGGGGUCAAAAUGUAAAUAAAGUGGAAACGAAGGUGGAUGUCAGGUUUCAUGUUGCUACAGCAGAAUGGUUACCUCAGAAUGUUAGAGAUAAACUCCAAGUUCAGCAAAAGAAUAAAAUAAAUAGCAGAGGGGAGAUGGUAUUGGUGUCUGAACGAACGAGGUCACAGAUCAGAAACUUCAGUGAUUGUCUUCAAAAGAUCAGAGAUAUGGUUGCAGAGGCAGAGCGCAAACCUAAGGAACCAAGUGAAAAGGACAAGGCUGUAAGAAGAUUAAGAGUGGAAUCUGCAAACAGAGAGAGAUUAAGAGUGAAAAAGGCAUACUCGGCGACCAAGCAUGAACGACAGGUUUCCUUUGAUGAUUGAGCAACGAAAAAAAAAAAAUUUUAUGGAAAAUAUAUUGACUCAUUUGACAUUGAAGGAGGCCACUUUCAGAAGAAAAUGUAUGUGCAGGGACGUAGAUAUACACUGUAUAUCAAAUGCACAGAAGAUAGCCUGGAAUGUGAUUUUUAGCAAGGUGGAUUGCUCAGCCUGUGUCAGCAACAAGCAUUGUUAAUAUGAGCCAGAGAGAACACCAGAUGACAUUGCAUGAAAUCGAUACCAGGAUGUCAACAUCAGUUGUGCAACAGAGCAUUCAUAAAGGGAUUAUAUUUAAUUUCAUUAUUACCAUUGCAUUAUUUUUUUUUGGGGGGGGGGGUUGGAAGGAUAGAAAUUCAUAUUUCUAUAAAGGAGAUUUUUUUUCUGUUUAUAAAUAUAAGUAAAAGUAAUGAAACAUUUGAAAAAUCCU